AUGGAACAGUCAUAUUUGACCGCUCUAGAAGCAUUCCUCAGGGACCAUCCAGAGAUCAAGUUCACACUACCUUCCUCUCCUGAAUAUGCAGCAGAUCGAAGGAUUUUCCUUCUCUCCCGCAAAGCCAAUCCAUUUGCAAUAGCUCAUCCAGAGUCGGCGGAACAAGUGAGGGCACUUGUGAAGUUUGCUCGGACUAAUGGAAUCAAAUUCACCAUCCAAGGAGGCGGCCACAACCUUCAAGGGCUCUGCAUAGAGGAGGGAGCACUGACAAUUGACAUGCGAGCUUUCACAUCGGUCAAAAUCGCCGCUGACCGCAAAACAGCAACGGUAGGCGCAGGGAUAUUGCAAGACGAGUUAGGUAGAAUCCUCUGGAAGGAGGGAUUAUCGACACCAGCAGGUGCCAUUCCAUCAGUUGGGUACCUCGGCUGGGCAAUGUAUGGCGGAUACGGUCCAUUUUCGUCCAACUGGGGAUUGGGAGUUGACCAAAUCGUUGCUGCCACUGUGCUUGAUGCCAGUGGUGCGAUCUCCGAAGCUGACAAUACUUUGCUAAGAAGUAUCAGAGGAGCAGGAGGAGCCUUUGGAAUUAUUCUGGAUGUUACAAUCAAAGUAUAUCCUAUGAAAACUCUAUUUGCCGGAGCAAUCAUAUAUGAUUCGCAGGAUAUGGAGAAAGCAUUCAUCAAAUACAACGCAGGGUACCGAAAAUUAUCGCAAGAAGGUCUUCCGAAAGAGCUUACUCUCCAACAAAUGGUCUUCAAUUCACCUCAAGGGCGACUAUUCUGUGUCUCUUUCACUUGGAGUUCCGAUAAUAUAGAAGAGGGCCGCCGCUGGUCUGAGAAUGUUGCAUCUUUGGCUAAUGUCUUGAUGAACACGGUGGCAGUGACCUCCAUCCCAAAUUGGUACGAUGGCAAUGCCGCCUUGAUCCCAACAAACAUGUAUGGCCAAUUUCGAACACAAAAUUUGCGUGAAAUCACCCCAGAGGUAGCAGAAUGUCUCGGUCGCCAUUUAGCAAAGAUGCCAUUUGACCUAUGCACCAUGUUUUCGAUUCAUCAGUCAAGGAUAUCGACAUCAACUCCGAAUAGUGAUUCCGUAUUUGGAGCAAGAGAACCACAUUUCAUGUUGGAAAUUAUUGGCUGCGCGACAACUGAGGAAAAAAGUGCGGAAUCACAACAGUGGGCAUUAGAUCUCUGGAAAGAUGUCAGCGAAACCGAGAAGAAGAAUUUCCUCGACAGCGUUUAUAUUUCGCUGGAUUUUGUCGAGGAACCACCACAAGCAGGUACACUGAAUAGACUUUUCGGGCCCCAUGUCGACGAAAUUCUGGAAACGAAGAAAAGAUAUGACCCAGAAAACGUGUUUGAUCUCACGGUCCCUCGACUGAGCCACUAUAUAUAG